AUGGAGACCAUUGUAGAGAUAGCUAUAAUGGAGACCAAUGAGGAGAGCAGCACCACCAGCAAUAAAGAUGAAGAUGAUUUCUUCAGGAACAUCACUCGGUUCUGGGAGAGCAGAAGCCACAGGUCACUGAAAUCCAAGGUGCAGAAUUUGGUGAAGACCUGGCUAGAGGCCAUCUUGAAGGCGGUCCUGACUGAAGUUGCCUUUUUUUGGGUAUGUGGUGGUCAUUCAUAUGGCCCUGGUCACGUUGGCCCAGAAAAGAAUUCCAAAGAUGGCACUGCUGAAAAAGAUACAAAACAGUCAAAGGAUAUUUGGAGUGCAGAUGAAAUCCCUGAAGGAUCUGAAUUUGAUAGUUUGUGGGAUCAACGGCCGCAACCAGAAUAUUCAAUAGUUUACAACCAAAAUGUAAGAACAGAAGACAUCUUCCUGCAAAUGGGCAAUAAAACGCCAAGCAGCAGCAGUUGUGAAAGAAUGGUCGUAAAAAUUCAACUGCCAAAUACCAUGAUGAAAGAUAUCUCACUGGAUGUGAAACCUAAAUUUCUAGAUCUACGGACUCCCAAAUAUAAACUUGGUCUCCAUUUGCCAUUUACUGUGAAGGAAGAUGAAAGUCAAGCUCAAUGGGAUGGAGGAGAGAGUUGUCUUAGUGUGUCACUGAAAAUGAUCAGGGAAUUUGACUUUGUGAACUUCUGAUAAGAUCUGUAAAAGAGUACACAUGCAAGUCUUUACUAGGUGUAUGCUUGUGGGUAUUUGUGUGUGUAUGAUGUAUGUGUGUGUGUGUGUGUGUAUGUG